UAGCCUGUGGCCGUUUGCACUACUGGCACAUUCGACGGCCACGCAAAUCCGGCGAUCAGAUCAGGUGCCUGUGUGUGUGCGGCGGCAACGAUACCGACGACGCUGGCUGGUAGACUGUUAUGGAGGACAAGAAUGACGUGCCGUCGACGACCCUUGCUGCAAUCAUCGACAAUCCGCGUCGUGAUUUGUCGCCCGCGGCCAGCGGCAUUCCAAAGCACGGGACCGAUGACUGUGGGCCGUACUCGUCGUCUACGUCGACCAGUGGACAUGGUCGCCAGCGCCGACAAAGUGUGCAAGAUAAUGGCUCCGAAACGGAGUCUGACACAGACAGCAAAUCGUAUUCCGAUCAAUCUAGGGGACUGCGGGACGGGAACGACAGACGGGUGCACAACAACUUGGGUGGACGCGGAGAUCAGCCACAUUACGGGGAACCCGUCGCGGCGGCUAACGAUGACAUCAACAAGCGAGGAGGCCAAGGUAGCAGCUCGGUCCUGAGCAAUCUGCUCGUUCGACCUGGACUCGACAACCCCAUCAAGCAGUCCGAUCACCCACAACAACCGCCACCAACUCUGCCUCAGCUUGGCCAUCAAACUUCUGGCGAUGUCCGGCUCCCGGCGAUUUCGCUGCAUCCUCCGGCCACUCUGGGUUCGUUCAGUAACAACAACAGUCGCACGGGGCCACCUCCCUUGCUCGAUCAACCUGGCCAUCUCAGCGACAUGCACCGAGUGUCAUCGACGAAUGGAGCGGGAGUGAAUGGGUCCCCUGGUCUGCUAAACCGACCCCGUCCAGAUCUCGGGUCGAACCGCAGCAGCUGGAUCGCCCCAUCGUCGCGGCCCAACACCAUCGACGGACUCGACCGGCCGGCGUCGCCCAGGUCGUCCUCGUACGGAUCGGCAAACAACCCAAAUGCAGCCCACGUGUCAGCUGGGCGAGACGACUUUGACUAUCCAACAUACCAGCCGCCCGAAUCGCUGGUUGGGCAGCGCAUUGCAAAGACAUUUGCCGGCCAUGGACGAUUUGUUGGCCAGGUGGUCAAGUACAAUUCGCAGACUGAGUUGUUCACGGUAGUGUAUGCCGAUGGCGACACGGAGGAGCUCACGCGUGAAAAUACAAUGAACUUGUUGAUCGAAGACAAACGAAUACACCAUGGCAAACCGAGGGAACCGAUGCGGAAGCCCGCCGAGCCACCGCAGCAACACGUCGCCUCCGUGAUGAAGAACGGACCUCCAUUCAAACCCACAUUAACCGAGCGAGAUAUCGAGACGCUGAACGCGCUCUUCGAGCGGCAUGCGUGGCCCGCGUUGGCUGACAACGGAUGGAGAUCCGAUGUGCAAGGCGCGACGCUGUAUGUGUACCCGCCGUGGGCCGGCAAGAACACUCGCGAACCAGAGUACUUUUCCUCGGUCGUCGACACGAUUGUGUACCUGACAAGCCACGCUGACCUGCUCCGCCUCUGCUUUCCCGUGGACGUGCAGUCGACGUUGUUUGCGAUUUUGGAUGGACUCCGACACAACGCAAAGCGUGGGGCGCCAGAGGCCGGGCCACCCCCCUCGGCUGGCGUCUUGAAGCGCAUCAAGGCAGAGUCGCCUUCCUCUCACCCUAGUGCGAUCCGAUCGUUACCGGCGUCGUCGUCGUCUCGACCGCCGUACUUUGAGCAUCAUCCCCACCCACCGCACCCCCAUCAUCCGCAGCACCAGCCAAGUUAUCCGGAUCCGUACCCUCCCGAGUCCAUGCGACGCCAGCAUGCCGAGCCGCCCAACUCCCAUUCAUCUCGCUACCCUCGCCUGCACGGCGACGAAGACCCGCGUCGAACUGGAUAUGCCCCGCCCCCGUCAGCAAUCCAGGCACCAGUGCCGUCCACCGACCACCGGUUCCCGCCUCCCGCCAGGCACAUACGAGACGACGUAUUUGUUCAUCAGCGAAUGGGGCCAAACCAUCCACGAGGUCAUGACUACGACCAAUGUCAUCAUCCGUCCGCAGUCGGUGGCUUCGUCAACCCACCUCCAUUGACCAGCCACUCCCCCCACCACAGCCACGCGGACCUGACGACUGCGCCGCGCCCUGUCGUACCACAGCAUCAUUUCAGCCACCCAGACAACCGCCUUGUCCCGAGUCAAGCUCCGCCUCAAAUGAACCACCCUUCUCCAUUCAACGAGCCACGUUCAGAAAACUCUGCGACGACUGCCCCACGAUUCAACCAGCCCCCGCCUCGCCCACUUGGACAGCCCGUUCGGAGUAACGUGAUUUCGAUGUCGGAUUUGGACAAGAGCUCUUCGUUGACGCGCCCGGGGGGAGACCAGCAGCCAAGGCUGCGCAUGUACCCCACGGACCAGCAGCAGUCGUUGCCACCUCAACCACCCGCCGCGCCGUAUGCCAGAAUUCGAACCCAUGACUGGAAUGACGACCAGCGAUACAACUCGGGCGACCAAAGUUCAUACCGGCGAGACCACCACGACCGAAUGUAUGCCGCCGACCGAUUUGGGCCUGGAAAUCCAUCGUCCGAGGGUUAUUACGAUGACGCGAGCUUGCAGCAGCGGUUCCCAGGCAGGACGGACGCGUUUCCUCGACCUGACCCACUCAUAUCAAACCCAAACGGUGACCACACCCCACAGGACUAUCAGUACAGCCGCCGCCUGCCCUAAUACUUUCUCCGUGACGCAUUUCAUAAUGAAAGGUUUUCUUCAUUCCA